CGGGCGACAGGAGGCGUCGGGAGCGGCUCCAGGACCCCGCAGCCUGCACGCUUCCCCACGACUCUCCUUUGCGCCCGGCGGGGACAGCGGGGCGCCCCGGAGGGCGGCGGGCGGACGCCCGGGAGAUGCGGAGCCGCGGCGGCGGCGCGAUCGGCGCGACAGCACCGGCCCCCCCGAGACUAUAGCCCUCGUUUUCACUUGGUUUACCAUGGAGCCCUUCUGUCCACUCCUGCUGGCAGGUUUUAGCUUGCCGCUCACCAGAGCGCUCAAGAGCAACGAGACCACCACAGCGGAGAGCAACUGGACCAGCACCACUGCAGGCCCUCCAGACCCUGGCACCUCCCAGUCGCUGCUCACCUGGCUGCUGCUGCCCCUGCUGCUGUUCCUCCUCUUGCUCCUCCUCACCGCCUACUUCUUCAGGUUCAGAAAGCAGAGGAAAGCCGUGGUCAGCAGCAGUGACAAGAAGAUGCCCAACGGGAUCCUGGAGGAGCAAGAACAGCAGAGAGUGAUGCUACUGAGCAGGUCCCCCUCAGGGCCCAAGAAGUACUUUCCCAUCCCCUUGGAGCACCUGGAGGAGGAGAUCCGCCUGCGCUCGGCAGACGACUUCAAGCGGUUCCGGGAGGAGUUCACGUCGUUGCCAUCUGGACACAUACAAGGGACGUUCGAACUGGCAAAUAAAGAAGAAAACAGAGAGAAAAACAGAUAUCCCAACAUCCUUCCCAAUGACCACUCCAGGGUAAUUUUGAGCCAAGUGGACGGAAUCCCCGGCUCGGACUACAUCAACGCCUCCUACAUAGACGGCUACAAAGAGAAGAAUAAAUUCAUAGCAGCUCAAGGCCCUAAACAGGAGACUGUGAACGACUUCUGGAGAAUGGUCUGGGAGCAGAAGUCUGCCACCAUCGUCAUGUUGACCAACCUGAAAGAAAGAAAAGAGGAAAAGUGCUAUCAGUACUGGCCUGACCAGGGCUGCUGGACCUACGGGAAYAUCCGGGUGUGCGUGGAGGACUGCGUGGUCCUGGUGGACUACACCAUCCGCAAGUUCUGCAUACAGCCGCAGCUGGCCGAGGGCUGCAAGGCCCCGCGGCUGGUCUCGCAGCUGCACUUCACCAGCUGGCCUGACUUUGGAGUGCCUUUCACCCCCAUCGGGAUGCUCAAGUUCCUCAAGAAAGUGCGGACGCUCAACCCCGCCCACGCCGGGCCCAUCGUGGUUCACUGCAGCGCGGGUGUGGGCCGGACGGGCACCUUCAUCGUGAUCGACGCCAUGAUGGAUAUGAUACACUCGGAGCAGAAGGUCGAUGUCUUCGAGUUUGUGUCACGAAUCCGCAAUCAGCGCCCUCAGAUGGUUCAGACAGAUGUGCAAUACACAUUCAUCUACCAAGCCUUGCUGGAGUACUACCUCUACGGGGACACGGAGCUGGACGUGUCCUCCCUGGAGAGGCACCUGCAGACUUUGCAUGGCACCGCCACCCACUUGGACAAGAUCGGGCUGGAGGAGGAGUUCAGGAAGUUGACCAAUGUCCGGAUCAUGAAGGAGAACAUGAGGACCGGCAACUUACCAGCGAACAUGAAGAAGGCCCGAGUCAUCCAGAUCAUCCCGUAUGACUUCAACCGAGUGAUCCUCUCCAUGAAAAGGGGUCAGGAGUACACGGACUACAUCAAUGCAUCUUUCAUAGACGGCUACCGCCAGAAGGACUAUUUCAUCGCCACCCAGGGGCCGCUGGCGCACACCGUSGAGGACUUCUGGAGGAUGGUGUGGGAGUGGAAGUGCCACACGAUCGUGAUGCUGACCGAGGUGCAGGAGCGAGAGCAGGAUAAAUGCUACCAGUACUGGCCGACAGAGGGCUCAGUCACUCAUGGAGAAAUAACCAUUGAGAUCAAGAGCGAUACCCUUUCUGAUGCCAUCAGYAUACGCGACUUCCUGGUCACCUUCAAUCAGCCCCUGGCCCGCCAGGAAGGGCAGGUCCGAACCGUGCGCCAGUUCCACUUCCACGGCUGGCCCGAGAUCGGAAUUCCCGCCGAGGGCAAAGGCAUGAUCGACCUCAUCGCGGCGGUGCAGAAGCAGCAGCAGCAGACCGGCAACCACCCCAUCACGGUGCACUGCAGUGCGGGAGCUGGGCGAACAGGUACAUUCAUAGCCCUCAGCAACAUUUUGGAACGAGUAAAAGCUGAGGGACUCUUAGAUGUAUUUCAAGCUGUGAAGAGCUUACGACUUCAGAGGCCACACAUGGUGCAAACCCUGGAACAGUAUGAAUUCUGCUACAAAGUGGUACAAGAUUUUAUUGAUAUAUUUUCUGAUUAUGCUAAUUUCAAAUGAAGAUUCCUGCCUUAAAAUAUUUUUUAAUUUAAUUGUCAGUAUAUUUUGUAAAAAUYAUGUUAAUUUAUUUCAUAGUUGACAUUAAUGCCCUUCCUAAUUUCUUUGUAUAUAUUUUGUCAUGCUUUAAAGGCCACCUGCUAUAAAGUUAUUAAAUCUUAAAUAUCUUUUUUUAAAAAUUGGAAUAAUAUGUUAAGGUCAAAUAAUAUCCCACAAAAUAUAUAUUUCUGCUAAUAUCAGUAAAUACCUUCAUUCUU